AUGGCCAGUGAUGGUCAAACAAACAGCCACCAGCAUCAACGACUCGCGGACAAACUCGUUAGCCGUUGCAGCCAAUCCAAAUGCGUCCGAAACCAAAUGAUUUACACGUUACCUUUGGAAAGAAUCUCCGGCACCAUCAACCGAUAUUCGUUGGGCAAACCCAACCCGUUGGCCACCAACAGCACAGAAAGAAAAACGAUUUUGCUAGUGGGUGCCACUGGAUCGGGUAAGACGACCUGGAUCAACUCGAUGGUCAACUACGUGCUGGGAGUCAGAUGGGACGAUCCAUUCCGUUUUAUGCUCACCGACGAAGCUCUCAUCAGAGAAGGCUCGGGAGCUCAUCAUAGCCAAACGGGAAAAGUCUGCGUUUACCACAUUCACCACGAAAACGGAUUCCGCAUUCCGUUCUCGCUGACCAUCGUCGACACGCCAGGAUUUGGCGACACCACCGGAAGGCAAAGAGACGAGGAAAUCACGACGGACAUAACGAAUUUGUUCAAAGAUGAAAAUGGCAUUCAGGAACUGGAUGCCGUUGGGUUCGUCGUCCAAUCGCCACUUCUUCUGACGGACUCGCAGAAUUACGUCUUUCAUUCUGUCUUGUCGAUUUUUGGCAAAGACGUUCAAGAAAACAUUCGUUUUCUGGUCACUUUUGCCGACAGGAACCGACCGAUCGUCCUAGACGCCAUCAAAGAAGCCAAAAUUCCUUGCCGGAUGGACCUCGACGGCUGGCCCUGCCACCAGAAAUUUAACACCGACGCCAUUUUCCCACGCUGUCUCCCAGUUGAUGGUGAAGAUGAAGAUGACGAUGAAGACGAUAGAGACUGGAAGAGAGGAACCAGGAAUUUCGAGUUAUUCUUCGGCCAACUGGCCGACAUGCCGACCAAAUCGCUGCAGAUGACUAAACAAGUCACCGAGUACCGAAAACAGCUGGAGAUGAAGCUCCAGUGGAUGAUGUCCGCCAUCCCGAGUCACUUGACCAGAAUGGAGGAAUUGCGGGAGAAGGAAAAAUUCAUCGAGUUGCACCGAAGUGAAGUGGACGCCAACCGGAAUUUCGAAAUCAAAGUGCCCGUGUCCAGGAAAGUUCAAGUGGGUGUCAACUGGACGUCGGCCGUGAACUGCACGAAAUGCGAAACAACUUGUCACCACCCGUGCAAUCGGGUUCUACCGAUGGGUUGGUGCCCAGCAUUCGCACCGCCGCCGGAAGCUGGAUUUUGGGCCAAUUUCGCUGGUAAAUUCAAGAACACAUUUCGCGGGGCCGGUUGCAAAGUCUGCCCCGGCCAGUGCAGCAGCUGGGACCAUCGAAACGAGCAACAUCGCUGGGUCUACCAGCAAGUGGAAGAGACUCAAACGCUGGAAGAUGUUCGCCAGAAAUACGAAACGGCCAGGGAAAAGAAGAUGGACGCCGAGGCCCUGCUGUCGGCUCUGAGACGGGAUGCAGACGAACUAAAGGAGAAAAUAAUAGACGAAAUGGGCAUCAUCAGAGACUUGCUCAAAAGUCUGAGACACAACGGAUUAGUCUACGGUAAUCCAAUGACUACUCGCGACUACGUCGAGAAGAUGAUCGAGACGGAGAGAGACGAACGUAAAAUGGGAUUCGAAGAAAGGAUCAAGAGUUUGCUGGAAUUGUUGGAGUUGGCCUAA